AUGAAAUUCAGUAAGAAGCUGCAGCAGCGGGCGCACCCCAAGUACAGGGAGCACUACAUUGCCUACAAAGAAAUGAAGAAGGCCAUCCGGCUGAUAACAGGGAAAGACACCUCCACGUUCACCAUAAAGGAAGUGACAAACAACUUUGGCAGCAGUCGGGCGCUGAGUGGAGCAGAGUAUCAAUCGGCCGAGUCCAGAUUUCAGAACAUCCUCAAUGGAGAGUUGGAAAAAAUUAAUAACUUCACGAAAAAAAUGAUAAAGGAGUGGUAUGACGAUAUGAAGAUCUGUCUGGAGAUAUUGCAAAAAAGAAGCUCUCUUCUUGACAUGCCUCAAAUUAUGAAGAAACUAAACGGAUUGGCAGAUACAUUGAAGUUUCUUCAGACCUACAGAAUCAUCAAUUUUACUGGGUUCACAAAAAUUACAAAAAAAUUUGAUAAACAUAAUGAUAAGGUGGUCAGUUCAUCCUUCUACAUCACUGUUGUGAUGAAGAGCUUCUUCAUGAACUACGACAUGAACCUACUUCUUUGCAUUUUGUCUCUUUGUUAUAAACACUAUCGGGAGGUUUCAAAGGCGACCUCUUCGAAUGUCAGCACGGGGGACAACCUCGAGGGAGAGUCAACUGAUCAUCGGGUAGUUUCCACGACGCACAGCCUCCUCCCUCCGAGGCCACCAGAGGGGAGCUCCCACGGGGAAAGACACUCCGGGGAAAAACACUCCGGGGAAGUGCACUCUAGGGAAGACCACCCCAGCGAAGUGCACCACCAAAUGACACGUACCUCCACCCUGGAUAGAAAAAAGAGAAACGAAAAAAGUUCCUCCCCAAGUGGAGAAUCCCAUCAGAGUGCCGAUUCCGCUUCACCCAAGGAGAGUGUACCUCCCCAAAUCGAUGGAGAGAAGCCACGAAUCCCCAUCAAGCACACCAAAUAUAUAGUAAAGGCGCAAGACCUAAUCAAUGCCAAAGUGGAAAUCAGUAAAUACUAUACCUUCCAUUACUACGAUUUGAAAGAACAUGAAUUGAUACCCCCGUUCGAAAUCUUCCUUGGAUUAAUUUCCACCUCGAAGGUACAAAACGAGCUUACCACUAUCUAUUUUGAUGACUCUACGUUUAGCAGCUACCACAAGUGUGUCAACCGGAGUGAUCACCAUGGAGGGAGUAACCAUCGGGGGUGUACUCAAUCUGUUCGGUUGCGAUGUUAUCGCUACACAGAUGCAGAGAAAGAAUCCACCAAAACGGUGAUUCAGCAUUUUAAUUUAUUUGAACCCAGCUUUGACCCCAAUGAGAAGUACGUCUUCGCUAAGGACGUGCCCCAGGAGGACCUCAAAAUAGAGUGCGUCAACGAUUUGUACAAUCUGAGGAAGAAGGGAGGUUCCUCCAGUCCGUCCCAUGCUUUAGGGUCUAGCGUCCAUGGUUCACAGUCACUACAAGGUUUAGGGGUUCAGGAUGCAGACUCGCUACCUAUGCACCACUACGAGAGGUGCAUCCGUGACCUUCAGAAUAACAACCUGAUGAGCUGCCUCAAAAGCAAACUGAACAGAAUCCACUUUGGAGAUGACAAUGUUAGUGGCUACAUAGAUGAGAAUAUCUCCUACUGGGUUCACACAGAUAAGGGGGCCAUUCACGGGUGUGAGGAGGUAGACUCUGACGAAGGAGAACACAGUGAGUUGGACGAACCGGGCAAAGUAAGGCAGCAUAACGAUGUACGAAGUGAGGGAAACCACCAUGGGGCAGAGUACAAAACAUACGGCGAAGAAGAAAGCGAAAUCGAAAGCACUAUGAAGGAAAAAAAGAGAAAGUACGCGUACUUCGACUAUGCGGUCAUCGACAUCAACGUGAAGGAAUCCUCCUCCAACAGGGACUUCUCCUUCCAACUCAGCCACCUAGGGGGGGUAGUGAAAGAAAUUUGGGGAUACUCUUCCUACCUGCAAGGCAUCUCCAUGCUUUACCCCCAUCGCAUUUCGACAGCCCCCCACUGGCGCAUCUACACAGACACCCAGGGGGUAAAGGGAAACGCAUCGGACGGGAAGCAGAAGGGGAAGAAGGAGAAGAAGGGAGGACUAGGAGUAGACGUAGAAGUACCGGUAGGUGUAGACAUAGACGUGGGAAGAAGGCAAGGGGAAGCAAAGCAAAGGAAAGCGCAGCAAAAGCAAAAUAGAAAACCCAGCAAUGGUGGCAAAAGUGGGACCCUCCGAGGCAAAGGAAGCAACAAAUCCAUUUUGUUCGAAGAGGACCACGACACAGAUCUCAGCUCGAGUGAAAAUACAAUCGAGUACACAGAAAGGGUGGAGAAGCAUCCUAAUGGAAAAAAAGACGAGCGCAAGGGGCGCAAGAAGGGAAUCACCUACACUGGUGCAUCUGCAAGAAUUGCUCACGAGAGUGAAGUCAUUUUUCGAAACGAGAUCGAAAGGAAUAAGUCCACAUCUUCUCGUCACAUCAAUUUAAACAUAGACAGUACAUGCAGUGGAGACUACUGCACCAAACCGGGGAAUUACAUUCAUGGACCAUACAAUCGAGACAGUAGCAACACCCCCAGGAAGAAGUCUCACCAAAAGGAGAAACAAUGCACCGUCACACACACUCUCGCGGAAGACAACAAUCUGUAUGAACCUCUUCUAGACCCUGUGGAGGAGAUUCCCUCUAAGGGUAAUAAAUCCUCCUCCUGUUGGAUCAUCUCCUUUUUCAAGAAAAUAUUUUUUUGUAAAAACAACGUCGUUGAGAUAAAAAGACCCAAAACUGCAGUCGUCAGAGUUGAACCCAAGACGUUUUUUGCCAAUGAGAGGACCCUACUGCAGUGGCUCAACACAAGUGUCCUCCUCUCAACCAUUUCUAUAACCCUUUUGAAUUUUUCCAAUUCGUAUGGAUUCGCCUCUGGAGUGAUCAUGGCCCCAGUGGCCAUCUUCUUCAUCCUCUACUCCUUCCACAUUUAUCUCAAGAGAGCAGAGGCGCUCAUCAACAAGGAACCAAUCAACUACACAGACAAGGUGGGCCCCGGGGUGCUCGUCAUCACCCUAACCUUCGCCUUGUCUACCGUCGUCCUGCUUAAUAUUUACAGCCGCUUGAAGGGGGAAGUGUGA